AUGGGAGGUAUGAAGUGUGCACAUUGUGGACAGACGGACAGUGAGGAUACUGAUAAACCUGCACAAUGCACGUGCUAUACCUGGUUUAUGUAUACAUGUACAGUUUGUUUGGUCACAGUUUUAAUUGGUGUAACAUGUUGUGUUUAUUGCACAUGUUUACUUGUUUCGAUUAACAAAACAGUAAAGCAUGGCAAGGAUUCAAUUGAAAGUGAGGUUUCGUUACAUGGGAAGAACGGGUUUCAUGAAGUUGUGGCAGCUCAGGGAUCUAUUUCACAAAAAACAAAUACGCAUACCAUUGCAAAUGCUUUCACACAUAUAAGUCAGUUAAGGAGAAGAAGAAGUGAGACGGAAAAGAAAAAGAAGAAAAGAACGAAAGGGAAAGGUGGCAACAAGAAGAAAAAACAAAAAACCCCAGCGGCACACUAUGUUUUAAGAGAAGGACUAGCAAGUGGAAGGGAUAAUUGUCCACAUACAGGACAGAGAUCGACUGAAAUGAAGCAAACCCUUGAUGUUUUCAAGCUAGCAUCAUUCAUUACAGCAAAAUCCAAUCCCUUUAAUGCUAUAGAUGGCCGAUUUAUCGCUAAAAAGAAAGGGUUAUACCUAGUGUACGCACAGAUUUUAUUUGAAGACUGCAGAUUUCAGGCAGGUAUGAACAUUGCACAGAAAAGAAGAAGUAUAAAGGGUGCUGAUAUCAUUAUACAAGAACAUCUUUGCAUUGCAGGUGUCGCUAAUGCAGACAUACGCUUGCACAACACGUGCGCUAUGACGGCUCUGUUUUUCUUGGAGGUUAAUGAUUAUCUCACAGUGAAUAACCAUUACGCGGGCGUGCACCUCAAUUUAGGAGGGAAUGCUACAUUCUUCGGUGCAGUGUACUUGAGAUAGCACGAAAUAUAGCGUCUGAGAAUAU